GUUACGAAUGUCUUUCGGUACUUUACAUAUAGUAAACUAAGGUGGUAACUUUACAGUGUUUCAUAUCAUACAGAGCAUUAUAAUGGUAUCACAGCUGCAGACGAAGCGAUACUUAAAACUGUUUUUAUCUUUCAUCUUGAUCACUUUAGUAAUUAUUUUAAGUGGAACUGGAUAUGUAUUUACAAAACCAUCAUUGGAAUAUAAUGAAGUCAAAAGACAUUCUCUUCGGCCACAGAAAUCGGCGGAAAAAUCAGUUAACGAAACCGAGAGUUUAUGGAAGAGCGUCCGUGUUCUCUGCCUCAUUCUCACUUCCAAAACCGGUCAAGCAAAGAUGGCCGCCGUGAAUGAAACCUGGGCCAGCAAGUGUGAUAAAAAGUACUUUUUGUUUUCUCGUGAGAUAAAUAAAACGGAUAAUGCUGAAAUGCUUUUCCUUCCUGUAAAAGAAGGACGAGCACAUUUAACGGCCAAAGUAAGAUAUGCCCUGAAAUAUGCAUAUGAAAAACACAGGAACGAAUUUGAUUGGUUUCUGAAAUGUGACGAUGACACUUACAUCAUAAUGGAGAACCUACGUCAUUUGUUGGCUAGUACAGACCAUAACAAGCCGAGUUAUAUGGGAUUUCACAUGAAGCUGUUUGUCAAGAAUGGCUUCAUGAGUGGUGGUGGCGGAUACGUCAUCAGUUCUCGGGCUCUUCAUGACGUGGUACGCAUUGGUUUUGAAAACGGCUCCUGCAAGAUCGAUGGCCACGGUGAAGAUGUAGAAAUUGGAAAAUGUCUUCAGGCUUCCGGUGUCAAAGUAUUAUCAACCCUUGAUACGACUGGAAAAGAGACAUUUCACGCAUCCAAACUGUUCCAGCACUUAAGGGCAAAUCCCAAAACCUUCUGGCUGAAGAAAUACGCAUGGAACAACCAUUCAAUGGGUCCGAUGUGUUGCAGUCGUUACUCGGUCACUUUCCACUAUGUUCGUCCAGAGGACAUGUACAACUUCCACCAUCUGCUGUACCACACAGAGGUGUUGGGAAACUUGCGUCCACCAGUUCCGGAUACAAUCUUUAAUUUACAACCUGUCAAUCCCCCUCCGUAAAAAUAUGUUAUCACGCUAAUUUUUCAUUUUAACAUGUCUCAAACAGUUUCGUCUGUUACAAUAUUUGGUGGUUAUAAACUAAUGUUAUUUCGAUAAAUCGCUUAAAUGAAAUAUAAAAAAAUGUCAUUCGGGCUAUUGAAAUAUGUUUCAUUAUGUUCACCUAAUUCAUGGGGAGGCAUUUUUUUUUUUGCCUUCUUUUUCAUUCAGUCAGCCCGUACGUCACAAAUUGUUUCCGAUUAAUAAGUAUCGAAGUCAUGGACCAAGGAACUUCAUACUUGGUACGCAGGUUGAUUUUCACCAGUAGAUGACUCUAUUGAUUUUUAUAUCAAAUCGGCCAUGAUAGUUAGAUCAGGCCCAAUUAAUUUUAAAGUCAGUAGGUCAAUAUCACAUUGACCUUCAGGUGAUAAAGGAUUUAUGAUCACUGAUCUAAUGCAGUAGAUGUUCACUAUUUCAUACGGAUUAAUAGACCAAACUUUAAAGACACUGUUGGUUCGUCUCAAGUCCGAAAGAACAAGUUUCAUGUCCAUGGUCAUACAAAUUGUAAGCGAUUUUAACUAUGUUGGGUUUGUAUUUAGUGAAACUGGUAAUUUUAUCCAAAAUCAUGGAACAUUUGUUGGCAACGAAUGUUUUAUUUUGUAAAUGCUAGGUGUAUGACAAAAGUAUGUGUCAGUUAUUCAAUCCUUCGUUGACUAUUUCUUGAUUCUGCAGGAGAAGUUUUGUAAUAUUGUUUAGACCAAUCCGAGUGGAAAGAAUACCUGCAAUGCUAGUGUGGACCCAUGUUUAAUUAGGGAGAUAACUAUUUAUAUAUAUUUAGAUACGUAUAUAACUAUUUACACUAUUGCUUUAACGUGGUUACCGCUGAUAAUAGUGUUAAAAUACAUAUAAGCAAGUUGUGUGUGAAUAUAAUAAAAGUUGCCGUAACUAGUAUAGAUUGCUCACAUAUUGGAUUAUUUUUAAUUAAGUUAUGUCUUAGAUAAAGCUCUUAAUAAUGAUAAUAAGACAUGCAUAUAAGUAUUCAAUAUAGAAAACAUAAUGUCUUUGCUGCAAUUGCAUUUAUGUUGAAAACGAAUUUUCUUUGUGUUUCGUCGAUCAUAUUACGAUAUUUGAAGAAAUUAACAUAGCUUAGAUGUAUUCGUAAGACCAUCUGUGUUUAAGCUUUUACUUGUGUUCCAAUAAACAAUUAAAAUCGAACGACAAAACUAUGUUCUUUUGUUACGGAGUCUCUUAAAGAAAGUCAUCGGAACAUAAUUUGGUUGUUUUCAUUAACCUUCUUAUUAAUAAAAUUAUUAGACAUGUAAACUACUGCAAAGUGUAUUUUUGUUGUUUUGCUUUUUGU